CAGUCGGCAAUCGGCCUCGUAGCUCGGCGCUCAGUCGCGCGCGGGCCGGCGUGCGAGCGCGCGCGUCGCUGCACGUGCAUGGCGCGCCUGUCUGGAUGCCUCGCGCCCUCGGGGAAUGGCUUCGUCCGAGGAAGAGGCGACAACCGCGUCGAGCUCUGAAUAUGACUGCCUCAGUGUCCGAAAAUGGUGGUGCUUCCUGCUGUCGUCGAUCUUCACGUUCGCCGCGGGGCUCCUGGUGGUACUGUUAUGGCGCGCUUGCGCGUUCGUCUGCUGCCGCAAGGAGCCCGAGCUGUCGCCGAACGAUCCGAAGCAGAAGGAGCAGAAAGCGGCGCGCCAGGGCAAACAGGAGUUCGAGGGCACCUUCAUGACCGAGGCCAAGGAUUGGGCCGGCGAGCUCAUCUCUGGCCAGACCACCACCGGACGAAUACUGGUAGUGUUGGUGUUCAUUCUGAGUAUAGCAUCGCUGAUCAUCUACUUCAUCGACGCGUCCAGUGAGGAGGUGGAGCGAUGCCAGAAAUGGAGUGACAAUAUUACUCAGCAGAUCGACCUUGCCUUUAACAUAUUUUUUAUGGUCUACUUUUUUAUACGAUUUAUAGCAGCUAGUGACAAACUAUGGUUCAUGCUCGAGAUGUAUUCAUUUGUAGAUUAUUUCACGAUACCCCCAUCCUUUGUAUCAAUAUACCUGGAUAGAACGUGGAUAGGGCUAAGGUUUCUCCGAGCUCUACGCUUAAUGACCGUGCCUGAUAUUUUGCAGUACCUCAAUAUAUUAAAGACAUCGAGCUCAAUUCGUUUGGCGCAAUUAGUUUCUAUAUUUAUAUCUGUAUGGCUCACAGCAGCAGGCAUUAUUCAUUUAUUGGAAAACUCUGGCGAUCCAUUGGAGUUUGACAAUGCGCAAUCAUUGUCUUACUGGACUUGUGUGUACUUUCUUAUAGUCACAAUGUCCACUGUAGGUUACGGUGAUGUGUUCUGUCACACUGUUCUUGGCAGAACAUUUUUGGUUUUUUUUCUCCUCGUUGGCUUGGCAAUGUUCGCUAGUAGCAUUCCUGAAAUUAUAGAGCUGGUAGGAAGUAGGUCCAAGUACAGUGGCGAGCUGAAGCGUGAACAUGGAAAAAGGCAUAUUGUCGUAUGUGGACAUAUAACGUACGAAUCAGUGAGCCAUUUCUUAAAAGACUUCCUACAUGAAGACCGGGAAGACGUGGAUGUAGAGGUUGUUUUUUUACACAGGAAACCGCCCGACCUGGAGCUCGAAGGCCUGUUCAAGAGACACUUUACUACUGUGGAAUUCUUUCAAGGCACCAUUAUGAAUCCAAUCGAUCUACAGAGAGUAAAAGUGCACGAAGCUGACGCAUGUUUAGUACUAGCCAACAAGUACUGCCAAGAUCCCGAUGCGGAAGAUGCAGCGAACAUAAUGAGGGUCAUCUCCAUUAAGAACUACUCUGACGACAUCAGGGUUAUAAUCCAACUUAUGCAGUAUCACAAUAAGGCAUAUCUACUAAACAUUCCGUCGUGGGAUUGGAAGCAAGGCGAUGACGUCAUUUGUUUAGCGGAACUUAAGUUAGGUUUCAUCGCUCAGAGCUGCCUAGCACCCGGUUUCUCCACAAUGAUGGCGAACCUGUUCGCUAUGAGAAGUUUUAAAACGUCCCCCGACACACAAGCUUGGCAGAACGAUUACCUGCAGGGUACGGGUUGCGAGAUGUACACGGAAACUCUAUCGACAUCCUUCACGGGAAUGAGCUUUGCACAAGCGAGCGAAUUAUGCUUCACUAAGUUAAAACUUCUGUUGCUGGCAAUUGAGAUCAAAGGUGAGGAGGGAACAGACAGCAAGAUCUCAAUAAACCCGAGAAACGCGAAGAUACAUGCUAACACGCAGGGCUUCUUUAUUGCUCAGUCUGCAGAUGAGGUCAAAAGAGCUUGGUACUAUUGCAAGGCGUGUCACGAAGACAUCAAAGAUGAAACUCUCAUCAAGAAGUGCAAGUGCAAAAAUUAUGACCACCAUCCUCCCCCCACCUUCACGCCGCCAGAGUUGCCCAAGAAGGUCCAUGUUCGAGGUGAGAUCGCAAGGGAGAGGGGAGAAGAUAUAAGCCUAAUAAACCGAAACCAUCGGAGUGCCGCUCCGACAGCGUUGUUGUCCCCAAUGGCGAACCAGCUCGUGAACACAGCGACUACGAGACAAGUCAACAAGGUCAAACCGAACGUCAACAGAAAUCCACCAGAAACGAAUACGCAAGACCAAGAUACCAAUUACCAAGCCUACCACCUAGCCUACGAAGUGAAAAAACUCAUGCCAACGAGUAGAAGUAGUGGCGGUAAUCAAAACAGCAACGGCGUAAGUUUGCCUGCCGGUCUGGCAGACGACCAGUCGAAAGAUUUCGACUUCGAAAAGACUGAAAUGAAAUAUGACUCCACGGGAAUGUUCCAUUGGAGUCCAGCGAGAAAUCUAGAAGAUUGUAUAUUAGACAGAAACCAAGCGGCUAUGACAGUGUUAAAUGGACAUGUGGUAGUGUGUCUGUUCGCGGACCCAGACUCACCCUUAAUAGGGCUCAGAAAUCUGGUGAUGCCGCUCCGAGCAUCCAACUUCCAUUACCACGAACUCAAGCACGUCGUUAUCGUGGGAAGCGUCGACUAUAUCAGAAGGGAAUGGAAAAUGUUGCAGAAUCUACCUAAGAUUUCUGUUUUGAAUGGUUCACCGCUAAGCCGGGCCGACUUGCGUGCAGUGAAUGUGAACCUGUGCGAUAUGUGUUGCAUACUGUCUGCGAAGGUGCCAUCGAACGAUGACCCAACGCUGGCCGACAAGGAAGCUAUCUUGGCUUCGCUGAACAUCAAGGCUAUGACUUUUGACGAUACGAUAGGCGUAUUAAGUGCAGGUGCAACCGCUAAUGGUGCGGCACAGCCUCCUCCUGGUGGACCGCCCGCGCCUGUACUGCUGCAACGCCGCGGCUCUGUCUAUGGUGCUAAUGUGCCCAUGAUCACAGAGUUAGUUAACGACAGCAACGUGCAGUUCCUCGACCAAGACGACGACGACGACCCUGAUACAGAGUUGUACUUAACGCAGCCCUUUGCUUGCGGCACUGCUUUUGCUGUCAGCGUACUGGAUUCUCUUAUGUCCACUACGUAUUUUAAUCAAAAUGCCUUAACAUUGAUUCGUUCACUGAUCACUGGUGGCGCCACGCCUGAGUUGGAGUUGAUCCUUGCAGAAGGAGCUGGUCUCCGCGGAGGGUACUCCACGCCUGAGAGUUUGGCUAACAGGGAUCGGUGUCGAGUAGGACAGAUAUCUCUAUACGACGGCCCGUUGGCUCAGUUCGGCGAGGCCGGCAAGUACGGAGACUUGUUUGUGGCUGCGUUGCGGACGUACGGGAUGUUGUGCAUCGGACUUUACCGCUUUAGGGACACGUCGUCCUCGUGCGACGCGAGCAGCAAGCGAUAUGUCAUCACCAACCCGCCUGAUGACUUUUGCUUGCUGCCGACGGAUCAGGUGUUCGUGCUAAUGCAGUUCGACCCGGGCGUAGAGUACCGGUCGAGCCGGCGCGCGGCGGGCAAGGACGACGCGUCCUGACUAUUGCUGUGCAGCGCCCUCACUGACGGACCCUACUCCUACAUCUAGGGACCUGGCGGCCCUCGCCCGAGGACAACCCUCUCCUCUCACGUGCCCUUCCCCGACCUACCCUUAAAAGUCGUCAAUGUUACCAGAUUUUAGUUAUCCAAAUUUAAAGUUCUGUUUUGUUGUCUCCUUCCCCUUUUUUGUUACUUGUGAAAUAUUUGUAUAUAUUUUUAUUUUUUCUCACCGAUUUCGAAAAGUAUCUUCUCAAUUCCAUUGUUUUAUUCUUUGUUAUGCGAUUUCUUCGCCAGCUAUAAACCGAUUUUAAUAAUUCGAUCUUUUAUGAAUAAGCCACAUUUUCUGUCAUUCGAAUUCUGCGAAAAAAAAAACAAAUCACCGUCAAGGAUUACAGACUACAGAGAAUCAAUCAUUUAAGUCGGUUUUCAUUGUGAAUUUUUUUUUUCUCCUUUUUUUCUCACUUGCAAAACGCUUAUAAUUAUUUUGUACUGUCCUUCACUUUUCUUAUUUCACCCGAUUUGUGUUUCUUAUCUAUGAGUGCCAAACCUAGUUUCAGUUUUUCUUCUAUUUAGGACGGCAUUUCCUUUCGGACACUGCACUGCAAACUUUCACCCACUUCUAGCACUUAUAAGAUUCUAGAAGACCCGUCUCGCUACUAGAUAUUGUGUUUAGGAAUUUACUUCUCUACAACGCCGGGAUAAAUAUCACAGGAUCUUGUAGGACGGCUACAUAACUUAUCGAUGGAUGUGUAUGUUCUAUUAGAGUGAUAGAAUUAGAAAAGCUUUCGGUGUCUCAAUAUUUUUAGUCGUGAAUUUAGGUCGUGUCAUAUAAGUGGUAAUAGCUAACACUUCUAUUGUAAGAAACGACUCUGAGAAUGUAAAUAUCCAUCGAUAAUGGCACACUGCACACAAUUACACUUUCUGAACUGAGGGUAGGCAUACGGUGGUUUUUAUUCGAUUUUAAACAGACACAUGGACUAUGUAAUCAAAUGCUCAAUGUAAAUGAACCUUUUAAACUUUUAAUUGCACGAACGGCUAUUUUACUGGUCAAGCUAUUAAUAUAAGGUACAUAAUCUCAUAUAUUCGCUUUGUUUAGAUCGUCCAUUCCUUAUCCAUUAGAUUACUUUCAUACUCACAUUUAAGGUUAUUUCUAAAUAAUAAUACGUAGAAAUAUACUAAGCAUUUAAAAAUACUCAUCGACUGAUUGAUGUACUUUUUACUUCUCACUUCACAAAGUUCAAAGUUUAGUUCAUAUUAUGUUAUUCAAUACCUAUAAACUUUUCUCAAUCAAAGGUUGAAUUCCUCGUUGUUUCCGAGUUUUGAAGGCUUAUCUUUAUAGCUUUUUAUAUGCACGGUAUGGUAAUAGUCUGCAUACAGUUCCAUUGCUCACCUUCUUAUCAUAUUAUUUAGAUUUUUUUUAAAUAAUUAUUGUUGUAUUCGUAGUGUAGAUUUGGUAUGAAUACCAUAUUUUCUGUGUAUCCUUUUCGAGCUUGCGGCUUGUGCACAGAAAAUAUUGAAUUGUACCGUUUAUCAUUAUUAUAGAUUUUUUUUUUGAUUAUUUUUUUAAUAAACUUAUUUUUUAAAGUA